AUGAAGAUCACACCGGUUGUCUUGUCACUUAUCCUUGGCCGCUUGGCCGAGGCGCGUGCUCCCAGAGCCUUGUGGGCUCGCCAGACGGAGGCACCCGAGAUCCCCGAGGUCUCGUCCAGCGCCUCUCCAGAGCCUCCGGCUCCGCUCCCUACUACUCACACUUCUGUGAAGAACCCCUUCGACCCGCCUGUCAAGAGCCCGUUGGCUCCCAACCCACUGGUUGGUGUUCCGCCCGUCCAAGUGACUGAGGACGACGUCGCGGCGGCAACUAUCACGCCGGCGGCUGAGUGGCACGAGGAGCUGGUGGUCGAGGAGGAGCUUUACGAAGACUGCGACGACGACGAUGAAUGCAAGACCAAGACCCGACAUCACACUCGCACCAUCAUCGUGCCCAUCCCCAAGGGCUGGAAGACGUGCACCGUCAGCGAGACCGUGACCGUCUGCGACCCAUACCCCUAUCCUCCUCCUCCCCCUUGCGAGGGUCCUGGGCCAUGCCCUCCACCAUUCCCAGGGCCUCACCCUCCUCCUCCUCUUCCACCGUUCCCGCAUCAUCACCAUCAUCAUCACCAUGAGCACGAUCAUGGUCAUGAUCAUGACGAUGGCGAAUGUGACGAGGACGAUGAUGACUGCGAGGAUGACAAGGAGUGCAAGAAGGGCUAUAUCCGCCUUUGCUUGCCCGGCCGCGGCUGCCAGUGUUACAAGUGGUGGCCCUUCCCCACAGACGAGGACAAGGAUGAUGACGACUGCGACGAUGAUGAUGAAGAGUGCAAGGAGGAGCACGAGCAUCACCACCACCACCACCAUCAUCACCAUGAGGACCACGAUGAUGACUGCGACGAGGAUGACGAUGAUUGCGCCACCAGCAUCGAGGAGGAGAACACCAGCCCGACCCGUCUGCCUUGCAAGGACGGCGAGUGCGAUGAUGAGGACGACGACGAUGAGGAGGACGAGCACCACCAUCACCACGAGGAGCACCAUGAGGAGCACCACGAUGAUGAGGAUGACUGUGAGGAUGACUGCAGCUCAACUCCUUCUGCUACGCCAACUGCCACCCCUGCUCCUCCGGCUCCUGUCAAGCCAGCUACUGCCAAGCCGAACACUGCAAAGCCGAACACUGCUAAACCGGCCACCGCCACCGUCACUGCUGCUGCACCCACUGAAACAGAAGAGGAUGAGCUUGACAUUGAUAUUGAAGUCGAGUGCAACUGUAACACCUGCCCCUGCCCAGAAGAGACCGGCUCUGCUGGCUCUGGAGGCUCUGGUGGGUCUGGUUCAGGAGGAUCAGGCUCCGGCUCAGGAAUGCCUUCUGGAUCUGGUUCUGAGUCUGGCAGCGGCUCGGGCUCCCCAUCUGGCUCUGGCUCCGGCUCAGGCUCAGGUUCCGGCUCCCCAUCUGGCUCCGGCUCAGGCUCAAGCCCCGGGACUGGCUCUGGCUCUGGAAGCGGCUCUGGAAGCGGUUCGGGAUCGGCUGGCGGCGGUGAGAGUGGCAGUCCCGAGACAGUCCCCGUCUCUUCUGCCAACAAGCUUUCUGUCGGCAUUGCCCUUGUCGCAGGCCUUGUCCUUGCUCUAUUCGCAUAG